AUCAACGGAGGCUGUGUACACAGAGGAUACCUCAUUCUCGACUUUAUGAAGGUAUAUGUCGAUGACUUUGAGCACUGGAAACGCAUUCUGGAGAAACUCCCAUAAUUUAGAUGCAAAUUUUAGACUCAAAAAUACUAUGCUGAUUUAAAAAAAAAAACUAUGCUUUAGUCUAUGUAACUUCAUUUUAGUGCUUGUGCUUCAUGUCCAGUUAUUCGUCACGACCUGUCAGAGGCUCGUUGGACUUUGAUAUCCAGCGCGUGCUCAAGUCUGGCUCCUCGUCAAACUUUUUAUCAAAUGGCCACAUUGGUCGUCUAAUUCGGUGAUGGCCAAGUCGUUCAAGAUCCUGAUCAACGCCCCCCGGCGUCAAGGCAAGGAUCCAGCCCUUAGACAUAUCAUAAAGCUCUGGCUCUAGAUACCCAAUCUUGACAAUAACAAUAUCAGCCGAUCGAGGGUCGAGAUUUAAAUCUGUAAAAUCCUUUUCCUUAUGAUACGGCUUACGGUACUUGGUAAGGAUGGCGUAGACACAUCCAACACGCAAGACGACUUCGGUCUCGGCCCAUCGGUCGCCGUGCUUGAUGGAAUGCACGCGGCCGGACAGAGUCAAUGGCGGUGCGUGGAUAUUGUCGACGGCCGCUCCUGUUGUAACUGUUACGUUGGCACCAACACCCGCGGCGACGGCGAUAGCAAUGGCUUCGGGUCCGGGCACGCUGGCGUAGAUGACGGUGUAUCCUGCAUCUAGCGACUUGAAUUCGGGCCGUGCCACCAGCUCAGUCAAGCCCCACGUCACGUCUCCUGAACCACCAGCCGUUGGGUUGUCUCCAGAAUCAGAGAUGAAGAACGGGCGGUCUUUUGCGGGAGACUUGACGGCUUGGUCGAGGGCCUCGCCAAAGGAUGACGUUGGAGCCACAAAUUCAAAGUCAGCAUGAGACUUCCAGAACAAUUUGGCCAAUUUCUCAGCACCUUCGGCUACUGCCUUCUCAUUCCACCCUGUGACCAUGACAAUGGCUCUGUUUCUAGGUUCAUCUGCCCAUGCAUAACCAACCCAGAUGGCAGCGUCGAUGACACCAUCCACGGCUUCUACUUCCGGAACGGCACCAUAUAAGGACUUGGCUGGCUCCAUUCUUGUAGAGGUUUGCUCACCAGGUAGCAAGAUUGGGAUAGGGACCCACGCCUUGAGCGGCCGCUUGCCGGGUGACUUUUCACUCAGUGCUGCAAUAAGAUUUGUACAGGCUCUCUCCUUCGUUUCCAUGGUAUCUUCGUGGGGUGCCAUGCGGUAGCAGGUGAUCAGAUCGCACUGAUGUGCCAAUUCACGGGAGACGUUACCGUGAAGAUCCAUCGACGCCGAAACAACAACAUCAGGGCCAAUGACUGCUCUGACGCGGCGUAGCAGUUCUGCCUCAAUGUCAUCGAGCUCCUCAACGACCAUGGCACCGUGGAUGUCGAACCACAAGCCAUCGAGAUCGCCCUCAGCCACAAUGGCCUUCAAACGCUCGACUAUUUCCGCCGCCAAUGUCCCAAAGGCCUCGCGCGUGACGACGCCUCCGGGGAGAGCGUGUCCAAUCAGUGCACCUUUCCAAAUGGCAGCUUUGCCCGUCGGCUGGUCUGCGUGUAGAAAGCUGUAUCUGUCGAGAAUCUCAUUGCCUCGUUGGGGUUUGAAGGCCGGAGCGUCUGUUCGGGACGGGGUAAAUGUGGAUGUUUCGCAGGCGAGUCCUGCUAUAGCAAUGGUUGGUAGUUUUGCCAUAGUGGCCGGUUUGGUGCGGAAAGGAAGAGGCAAAGAGAAGAGCGUCAUGCCUUUGUUGGUGAUGUUUGCCCACUCGUUGCCUCUCGAUGAACGGGCUGCUGUGUGCUUCAGACAAGCCAACAAACACCGCAAGCCGCAAUAUCCACCAGCAUGCACCCCCGCGAUGAAGUCAUUCGCUUUACGAGGAGGAUGUGAACCCCCCACGAUUGCUCGGUGCGGUGCGGGGCGCUCCCACUCUUCCCCGCACAUCCUAACCCAACCCUCUCCAUUGGGAAUACUUGUUCACGACGCUAACAAAUUAGCCUGCAAGGGUGCACUAUUCCCCGCCGACAAGUGCCCGAAGAGCCAGUAGUGAUGCAGCGGUCAAGCCACUGACGGUAAUUUCCCGACGGUAAAAGGUGCCGAUGGGCUACGUGGGGAGCCGACGAAGCGACACUGUUCGAGAGGGGGCAUCAAUCUGCGCAAACCAUGUACUGCAACUAAACGCAGGGUAUGUAGUACCAUGCAAUGUAACGCAUUUUGGAGAGCGGGGAAGACGACGCGAGGUAACAACGUUGGAUGAGGUAGCUUUCCCAGACAGAGACAAAAGUGCCCAGUGUCCCAGAUUGCGUUUUUGUCGUCUUCCACUUCACUUCACCGUAGACUCAGCGACCAAUCUUGAGAAAGAAGACAACAACGAAGACCAACAUGCUGAAAAAGUCACCCACAGGCACAUGGAUGCCGGCAUGGGUUCCGGAAUCAACCUCGACGGUAUCUGUGCUUUUACUCAUCUGCUCCAUGGUCCAGUCGACAACGGGAGGCUACGAUGGCUCCAUGCUCAACGGCGUUAACAUUCUCCCAUCGUACAAUGAAUAUUUCCAGCUUACCAGUACAACAACUGGCUUGAACACGGCGUCCAUCUUUAUCGGCGGGUUCCUUGGGCCUAUCUGGUCUGGCAUGAUUGCUGACAAGCUGGGUCGACGACCUGCCAUCUUUUGGGGCUCGCUGAUUACGAUUGUAGGCAUUGUGCUCCAGGGUGCUGCGCAGCAUAUUGCCAUGUUUAUGAUUGCCCGAGUCAUCCUGGGCUUUGGUGGCGCCGUCAGUGGAAUUGCAGGCGCAGUAUACCUUACCGAGACAUUCCCAAGUCGAUGGCGAACCUGGGGUGUGGGAUCCCUCAACAACUUCUAUUACGUCGGCGCUCUGAUUGCGGCCUUGGUGACGCUGGGCACCUACCAAUGGCAGUCGACCUGGGCAUGGCGUGCGCCGUCGUUCUUCCAGGCCAUCUUUUCUGUCCUCAGCAUCGUCUUUCUGCCAUUCAUCCCAGAGUCGCCGAGGUGGCUGGUCAGCCAAGGCCUCUACGAAGAAGCACGACUUUCCGUGGCCCAGACAAACUCGAAUGGCGAUAUUCUAGACCCGGUGUCCGUGGCGGUGUACAAGCAAAUCGUGGACACGCUCAACUGGGAGAAGAAAGAGGGCGUCACUAUGAGUCCGAAGGAGAUAUUCAAGACGCCAAGUGCUAGAAAGAGAGUGUUGAUUGGCGGCUCUGUUGGUCCAUUCUCGUGCAUUGCAGGCAACAUCAUUGCCUCGUACUAUCUCGGCAAAGAAUUAGAGACUGCAGGCAUCAACAGUGCCGAUGACCAACUCAAGGCGAACGUUGUACUCAACAUCUUUUGCCUCAUCUGCGCCGUUGCAGGAACCCAGUUAGCGGCUGUCUGGGGUAGAAAGCCCAUUGCGCUUCUCUCGCAGGGUCUCUUGAUCAUUUGUCUUUUUGUUAUUGGUGGCUUGUCUAAAUUGUACGCCUCGGACCCCGCUGGCGCUUCUCAGUCGCUUAUUUACGGCGAUGUUGCGGUCAUGUUCCUUUUCCAGGGCUUCUAUUCCAUUGCCUGGACGCCGCUGCUGUACCUCUAUCCUCCCGAGGUGAUGAACUACCCGGUGCGAGCCAAUGGUGUGGCGUUUUCGAGCUUUGUCUUGAACGCCCUCGCUAUGGUUUUGGUGUUUGUGAUGCCGAUUGGCCUCGACAAUAUUGGCUGGAAAAUGUACAUGAUCAAUGGGUCAUGGGAUAUCAUCACCUUUGUUCUCAUUGCGGUUUUCUGGGUGGAAACCAAGGGCAAGACGCUGGAAGAGAUUGAUGCCUUGUUUGGAGAAUCACACACGACUAUCCGCAAUGUCGAGGAUGUACGCAAGGGUAAAGAGACUGUCGAUGUCACAUUGGUUGAGAAGCAGCUGCAGACCGAGUUGACUGGUGCCCCCUCGGCCGUUUGAGGCCAGCAUAACUAAGAGCUGCGAUAACGGAAGUGUUAGCCUCGGACUAGUAAAUAUCACAUUAAUAGAAAAAUGACCGAACUCGGACGCCUUCUCUUAUUUCCCAACUACUGUAAUCGUGGGGAAAUAAGCUUGGCAGCGGCUGCGGCCUCACUGAAAGCUGGGGGAAUGACACGGCGUUGAAUGAAUACAAUAGAUCAGACCUUCCCGACUCGGCGAAGAGGCAGAGCGCCGCAGUCAUAGGCGGGUACCGUCGGGCGUUUGCUUUCUAUGAGAGUUGGCUUUUUUUGGCCUAUUGUUGGUGGUGGCUAUCUCAGC